AUAUGACCUGGGGAAGAAUGGCUUUAAGAAAUGAUUCUUCAGUGACACAAUUCAUCCUGCUGGGCUUGACACAGCAGCCAGAGCUCCAGCUGCCCCUCUUCUUCCUCUUCUUGGGAAUCUAUGUGUUAUCUGUGAUGGGGAACCUGGGCUUGAUUGUUCUGAUUGUGUUGAAUCCUCACCUGCACACCCCCAUGUACUACUUUCUCUUCAACCUUUCCUUCACAGAUCUCUGCUACUCCUCUGUCAUAAUCCCCAGAAUGCUGGUGGGUUUUGUGAAGCAGAACAUCAUCUCUCAUGCUGAGUGCAUGACUCAGCUCUUUUUCUUCUGCUUCUUUGUUAUUGAUGAAUGCUACAUUUUGACAGCAAUGGCCUAUGACAGAUAUGCUGCCAUCUGUAAGCCCCUGCUUUAUCAGGUCACCAUGUCUCAUCGGGUCUGCCUCUUGAUGACAGUGGGUGUGUAUGUGAUGGGGUUUGUGGAAGCCAUGGCUCAUACUGCCAGUAUGGUACGCCUGAUAUUCUGUGAUGGCAACAUCAUCAAUCACUACAUGUGUGAAAUAAAUGCUCUUCUAAAGCUCUCCUGCACAAGCACUUUCAUCAAUGAGCUAGUUGUUUACCUUGUUGUAGGUUUUAAUGUAAUUAUGCCCACCCUGACUAUCUUUAUUUCUUACACAUUGAUCCUUUCCAACAUCCUUAGCAUCCAUUCUGCAGAAGGUAGGUCAAAAGCCUUCAGUACCUGUGGCUCCCAUGUGAUAGCUGUUUCUCUUUUCUUUGGAGCUGCAGCCUUCAUGUAUCUUAAGCCUUCUAGUGCAUCUGAGGAUGAAGAUAAAGUAUCUACCAUCUUUUAUACCAUUGUGGGCCCAAUGUUGAAUCCUUUUAUUUACAGUAUAAGAAAUAAAGAUGUCCAUAUUGCUCUGAGAAAAACUUUGAAGAGAAGCAUAUUUAUUUAAG